CCUAGUCACUUUUACUGAAUCGCGUAAGUGAUAUUAUCAUCAUAAGAUAAUGGGGAAGAAAGCACGGAACCGUGAGGCUAGACGAAGCAUCCGAGAGCGUGCAAGGCAGUGGGCUUCAAAUGUUGCUCGCAGUUUUCUGAACCGCUGCUUCCCAUGUUUGCGGAAUAUUGAGGAGGGCGAUGGGGCCUACUAUAAGGAGAAAUCUGAAGACGACACGACAUCUCCAAAACUACCACCAGUGCAAGAGGAGGUAGCCCCCAUUCCAACUCAUCAUGUCAAAACCCACUACUUAAACCUGAAGGGUGUGUUUCACCCCAGCCGAACGACUACACCUGGUCGGGAAACAGUGGGCCGUGUGGGUGUGGGGGCAUUGGGUACCACCCAGUUAUCACUUCCUGUUCAGACCUCUUGAUUCAGGAUCAUAGGGAUACCAUGCCGACCCGUUCCAAGUCCGCCACAACACAGGUCAAGGACGCCGUGACCUCUGGAGGCUUGCCCGACUGCCGCUAUUCCGUCAUGGGUAAUUUCAACCAGGGAACAAUUGCAGGG